CUCCGAGCACAGAACAAAGAGGCAGCCAGCGAACGCGCCACCGGCAUAUCCUAUCCUUGGAACCCAAGGCCGCGUCGCCGGGGAACAAGAAGCCAAAACCAACCGGGCUGCAUAUCGGAGCAUUUCUUGGGUCCAAAGCUACACGCUAUUCCCCUCCUCCUCCUCUUGCCGAGAUCUCCUGGAUUUCCCCUGGUGGCUUAUAUAUAGCCUCCGCCGCGGCCGAGACCGUCCCUUCUUCCUCCCCUCUGGUCCCCCUCCUCCGUUGCCGCCAUCGUCGCCGUGUGCGGUGUGGGUUCUUUAGAGUUCUUGGAGAGGCCACGAGCUGAGGUCUGUUGGGCCGUGGAAGCUGGAAGGCGUGCAUGAACCUGACGUUGAGUCUAGCCGUCAAUGGCGGCACCGGCACGGGGAAGAAGCGCAAGGUGCGGGACGGCGUAGUGGACGACGUGGGCGAUGGUGGUGACCGCGGCAGGGUGGUGAGGCUUCUCCAGGCGAGGGAGCGGAUGGUGGUGAGGCUGGAGUCGGACGAUCAGAGGGUAGCGCCCGAUGCUGCUGCUGCUGGCGGCCUGCGGCUGAUGCAGUUGCUCCUCUCGUCGGUGGCGGCGGGGGAGGCCGGCGACGUGCGCGCGGCCACCGCGGCGCUGCACGAGGUCUACCGGCGCGCGUCCUUCCGCGGCGGCGAUCCCGCCUUGCGUGUCGCCGCCUACUUCGCCGACGCGCUGGCGCCGGGGCUGCGGCUCCGUUCGCCCGCCACGGCGGCCUCUCCGCGGCCGACGCCCUGGGAGCAGUUCCUGGCGUACACCAUGUUCUACCAGGCGUCCCCGCUCUACCAGUUCGCGCACUUCACGGCGAACCAGGCGAUCGUGGAGGCGUUCGAGGCCGGCGGCCGCCGGAGCCUCCACAUCGUCGACUUCGACGUGUCGUACGGGUUCCAGUGGCCCUCUCUGAUCCAGUCUCUCUCGGACGCCGCUGCCGCCGCCGACGCCGCGAGCACGAGCGGCUCCCACGACGGCGACUGCAAGGAGCCGGUGUCCCUGCGGAUCACCGGCCUCGGGACGAGCGCCGACGAGCUGCGGCAAACCAAGGCGCGGCUCACGCGCUUCGCGAGCGGCUGCCCCAACGUUCGGUUCGAGUUCGAGGGCAUCGUGACGAGCGGGCCAAGCAGCGGCCGCCAUGAACGCAUCAAGAACGACGACGACGACGCGACGGUGGUCGUCAACCUGGCGUUCCCGGCAUCACAGAGCUCGAGGGCGAGCGCAAGAGAAGCGUGCAGCGCGCUGGCUCGCAUCCGCUCCCUGAACCCUUCCCUGGUGUUCUUGGUAGAGAGAGGCGGAGCCGGCAAUGGCACGCCGAGGGGGCGCUCGAGCCUGGUUCCGCCGUUCACGGCCAGCCUCCGGUACUUCGCCGCGGUGUUCGACUCGCUGCACGAGUCCCUGCCGGCCGACAGCGCCGAGAGGCUCGCCAUCGAGAGGAACUACCUCGGCACGGAGAUCCGCAACGCCGUGGCUUCUCUAGACCGCAGCCACGGCGGCGACGGUCACACGGCGGCGGAGCCUUGCAGCAGCGCUAGCUGGAAGGAGAUGAUGGAGAGCGCGGGGUUCGAGGCCGUGGCGCUGAGCUCGAGAACGGUGAGCCAGGCGAAGCUGCUGCUGAAGAUGAAGAGCGGGUGCGGCGGCGGCGGCGGGUUCCGGGUCGUCGAGGGCGGCGGCGGCAGGGCGAUGUCGCUGGGGUGGCGGGACAGCGCGCUGAUCACGACGACGGCGUGGCGGCGCCGCCGGCGCCGAUCGAUCGGCAAGAUAUCCAGCUAGUACGACAUGCAGUGGGCAGUGUGAAGCCGAAGAUCUCAGUUAUUCAUCGACCCGAUAAAGUAUACUUCAUCUUCUUCUUGGUUUGUUCGAUUGGUUCGUUAUCGAGAGAGAAAGGUUUGGCUGGUAGAUUCUCUUGUGCUUUUCUUCGUUGAUGCGUACGUGUAAACAAGAUGCCAAGAGCUGCUAUGCGAUUGAUACGUACAGAAAUA